AUGAGGGAUUUUCAGUCUUGUUUAGAAGCUUGUUGUCUGGAGGAUAUAGGUUAUAUGGGAGGGAAAUAUACUUGGUGCAAUAAUCAUAGAGAGGGUGCGAUUUUUGAACGUUUAGAUCGUGCUGUUGUGGAUGGAAAUUGGAGGUCUUUAUUCCCAAGUGCAAUUGUUAAUCAUGAUGUUACUACUGUCUCUGACCACAUUCCGAUUGUGGUGGACUGUUUGCCUAAUGCUGUGGGAGGUCGUACUAAUAAGAGAUUUCGUUUUGAGGAAAUGUGUACUGGUCAUGAGGGGUUGGAAGUGGUAGUCAAACAAGGUUGGGAAGGGGGGAGAGGCGAUGUUGUUUGCAAGAUUGUUGGGUUGUCUUUUGACUUAACGUCUUGGGAUAGAUUGGUGUUUGGUAGUGUUAACAGAAGGCUCAAGAUUAAGCAUAGGCGUCUUGGUUGGCUACAACAACAACAGUCUAGUGUGGGAUUAGGGAGGAGAUUAACUACUUGA